GUUCUCAAGUCACUGUAAUUCAAUUCCUCUUCUGUGGUCCUGGUACAGUUAUUUCACUCAGUCUGGUUUCCACUACUGUUCUCAUCCUAUUCUAAUUCUUUACUGCAAGAAGAAUUUUAGCAACUAUGAGGAUCCAACGCCUUAUAAAUGAUGCUGCUCAUAAUGAUGCAGAAGCACCGAAGCCCAACAGGGGAUAUUUUAAAAAAUUUAUGAUUUUGGCAAUAACAGUCUGUUUACUCACGAUAACAAUUCUUCUUGUGCUACUAUUUGUUGUGAAGGACCUCUUUCAUCAUGUACCAAAAAAGGUCUAUGAUGUCGAAUACAAAUUCGUCAGCAACGGUGAAAAAACAACAGUAUUGAUGGAAAUUGAUCCACAGAACAAAAUUGAAACUUUUCGGAAUGAGAACGGUACAGAAGAGGCAGUGGAAAUCCAUGAUUUUAAGCAUGGUAUUACAGGAAUCUUCUUUGCCGGCCUUCAAAAAUGCUUCAUCAAGACACAGAUUAAAGAAAUCCCUUAUAUUGCUGACACACUGAUAGUAGAACUUGAGGAGGGUGAACUCAGCACCGUUUAUGAGGAAAGCACUGUGUGGAUCCCAGGCCAAAAACCAGUUGAAGACAUAACAUUUAUGAAGAACUCCAAAAUAUUUGAAAUGUGCAAGAAUGUCCCCGUACAUUGGAUCCACCCAUCCUCACCUAAUGGACCAGAUUUCCAAGACUUUGAAGAUGGUGAAGAUGAUGAUUCUACUUCGGCAAAAAAAGUACUUUUACCCAAAGAACCAAGAGGUGACAAUCUGAAUGUUCAUACAGUUGGCAGCAAGCGACAAGUCCGUGACCUUACUGAUGAGGAUCAGCCUGUCAAUGACUAUAGAGAAGUGGGAAUUGAGUUUGACCCAAUGUGGGAUCACAGAGGAUUCUGCUGCAACCACUGCCGUCGUGGUCAAAGAUAUUGCAAGCGAGUAUGUGAACCCCUGCUCGGAUUCUACCCAUACCCGUACUGCUACGGAUCAGGGCGUGUGAUAUGUAGAGUCAUCAUGCCAUGCAACUGGUGGAUUGCACGAAUGAUGGGUCGAGUGUAGAGAAAUAAAAAAAAAAAAUGUAAUCAUGGAUUUUGCUUCAGAUUUCUCAAAUUCAUGGGUUAAAAAAAUAUCAUAUUUUUUUUUUAUCAGUUAACAGUAUACGUUUUUACUUUUGUUUUAAUUUGUAUAUUUUUUUAUGUUUUUUAAUUAUUACCAGCAAUCAUGACAUAAAACAGCUUAACAUCCUGAAUUUCUUAUUAGUGAUGUUAUCUGAAAGCCGGCACUGUGUUUUGUGUUGUACUCAAUAAAUCACCUCCGAGUGACAAUGGCUUUCUAGAAAUAUUCAAAAAGCAGGAAACAUUGGCGUAUUGAAGAGCAUACAUCAUGUCCGUUACUAAUUCACUGCUGAUAAUCAGACAUUUACAGUCAUGUCUUUUAUUUAAUGUGACAUGAAAUUAAAAAAAAAUCCAAUUUUUCAUAUCUAGCACUCAUAUAGACAAACACCAUCUAAAAUGUCCCAGAAUCUUUGCCAUUUAUUAAUAAAUGUUAAAAAAGAAUCCUGCAGAAUGAAAACAGCAAAACUGAUAAUUGCAUUAUUUCCUAGUCCAUAUCUUUUCCUGUAAAUUGUAUCAUAUGUCUGAUUGUUGCUUUUAGAAGAAAAAUGGUGAGUCACAAUCUAGCUAGAUAUUAUGUUAUUUGCAUGAAAACGUUCUUAUGGAUUUUACACUUAGUUAUAACACAAAUCAUACAAAAUAAGUUUAAAUGGUAUUUGUAACAUAGCGCAAAAUCCAACAAAUGUAUUGUUUUAGAGAACUGAUUUACCACUGAUUUACAACUGACUUGCGUAUGGAUAAAAUAUCCAGUUCAACUGAUCUUGAGGUUUUCUACAAAAGUUUAAAGUUAAUUUCCAAAGUAAUGAUAAUUCACUGAUAAACAUCGUAGUGUAAAUUCAAACAAAGUAAUACAUUUUAAUUCUAACGGGACUUGUUUACUAGUGAAUUAGAUUGACUAAGAAAUGACUACCAAACUAAAACAUCCAUAUUGCCUUAAUUUCAGGGGUUUGACCAAUUUAAGAAA